AUGACGAGAGCUGUGGAGGAAAAAUUCGUCGUUUCGAUGAGAGCAGUGAAGAACUUUGGUUCAGCUGUAGUGGUGGAUAACGUGGACGUCUCGACCCAAGUGGAUCUGCACGGUGGUUUUGGGGCGCCAGCUGGCAGCAUCAGCCUCGACUGGGACCGCAGAGCGACUCCGCUGUACUCGCGCGAGGACAUCAAAGAGCAGUACUGCAUCACCAGUCGACAGUUGGACGCGGUGGAGAAAUCUGGUGGCGGAUUCUUCGGCUGUCUGUCGACCAGGGGCCCGUCACCGUGCGCCUCAGCGAGGACCUCUAUCCUCUCAGCCUGCGUGAGGAGCGUGCCCAGCGACGAGAACCUCUGCGACGCCCCCUAUCCCAGACGGCCCCUGCAGAUCAUGUACCGUCAGCCUUACCCGACCUAUUCGAGGGGUCUCUCGCGUUACGAUUUCGACGACGAGGCCGACUGGAUCGAGAGCUCCUACUUCCGGCGCAGACCCAGGUCCUUUUGCACCGUGCCUGAUCCAAAAAGGUAUACGUGGCUUCCCGAGGACGAGGAAUUGACGAAAUUGGAGGGCCCACGGCCGGUGCUGCCCCCAAUACCCCCACCACCCACCGUUCAGGCCCCGAAGACGAAGCACGUGAGCUUCGCGAGGUCUCACACUCUCACUUCCUUCGACGUUCCAAGAAGCAGGAGUCCUCCAAGACCACAAAACCAGGAACGCCUUAUAGAUUCGCAGCCAACGAUGCAGAACGCCAUGCUUCCUGCGACCUUACCCUUGAUGCAUCCUUACAGUGCUAACGAGCCCCGAGUUAUUGUCCUCGAGAAGCCACCGAAGCGCGGCACGAUGAAAACCCAGGCGACCCAGACGGAGAUGCAGGCCUCGUUCCGUGGCCGUGUCCCCGUCACCCUGAGCCCCAGGACUAUACACCGGGUGAAGAUGGUGUCGCAGGGAGCGCAGACGAACGGCAUGUUCAAUGGCAGGAAGCUGACCAAGAGCUACUCGGAGAACGCAGAGCGAGGAACCACCUAG